AUGGGGGUGGGCAAGCUGGUCAAGCAGGAGGACGGCUCGAUGGUGCUGACAAACGAGCACGAGCAGGGAUUCAUGGUAAACCAAGCCAUCGUGGACUUUUGGAAGUCGUGCAACGGCAAGAGGAGGAUCACAGAACUGGUGGACGUGUUUGCAGAGCGGACCGGUCUGCGGCGCAACCAGGUGGAGAAAGAGGUGAUGCAGCUGGUUCAGCAGAUGCGCGACGGCGGGCUUGUGGUGAUAUCCACCAACCAUGACGCGCCAAACGUAGAGUUCAGAAAGUAG